GUGCUGCCGUCCCUGACUGCCAGCACUGCCCCCACGGUGAUCGUCUCGUGCCACGCCGACAGACCCAUGUGGGAACCCCACGCGCUGAAAGGCAUGCCUGUAUUUUCGCCGGAGUUUCUUCUGACAGCAGCAAUGCGCCAACAGCUAGACUGGGGCAG